UUAUUUAAAUGUUUAUACAUGUUUAAAUAUUGCAAAUGAAUCUCUAGAAUAAAUUACUGUAAAAAAUGGCAGAGAAUAAAAUAGAAGAUACAGAUUUAAUAAAAGCAGUGGAUAAGAAAGAAGUAUUAAACGAUCCUACCACAUCUUUGAAAAAGGUAGAGGAUAUUGAAAAGCAGGAUAUUUCUAUUAAAAAUAAAUCAGAGGCAAGUGAUUCUUGUGAAAAAAAAUUAAAGGUGGCUGGUACUGUUGAAAUAAAAAAACAAGAAUCACCCUUGGAUUCAGAAGGUUCGAGUAAAACUGAAAAUAUUACAUCAGAAAAUGAAAAACAUUUAAAAGAAGACAUAACUAUGAAUUCAAGACUAAAUGAAGAAAGUGACGAAGAAGACUCUAAACAAGUAAAUAAUUCAACUUUAAAAGUUAAAGAUAUUACAAAUACUGUAUCGGAAGAAGAGGAAACGCUAAAUGAAAUAUUAAAAGUAGUACAUGAAAAUUUAAGUUCAUCAGAGGUCCGGCCGUUUGCAGCAGAAUGUAAGAAGUUAAAUCAAGAAGAUAAAAGUGAUAGUGAAGAAAGUAAAGAAAAGAUAGACAGGGAGUCAAAGAAAGAAGAUGAGAAAGAAAUUGUUAAUGAUGAAACAGAUGUUCUUACAAUAGAUGAAACUAGAUCAUCUAGAAGAGAUUCCGAAACAAAGCAGUCUAUAGAAAUUGUUGAACAUAUGGAAGUUGGAAUUGUAGGACCUCCUACAACAGUUAGUGAACUUAUUAAUGAAGAGGAACUGAGAGCAGAAUCUGCGUUAUCGACUGACCAAAAAGUUCAAGAUCAUGUAGCAGAAUGGGUUCAAAAUUCUGCUAAAGCUGAAGAAUUGGUUGUAGAAGAAGAAGAAACAUCUAUCAAUGAUGCUCAACAAGGGAAGAAGAAUAUAAGAGAGAAGAGAACCAGAAAGAAGAAAAGUAAUGACGUUCUUGCUUUACCUACUAGGAAAUCUCAAAGAAUUGUUAGCAACAUCAUCAAAAAAAGUAUCAAAUGUUUGAACAAGAUGCAUGCAAUGGAAGGUGCGGCUGGAAACGGGAAGAAGGUGGACUCGGCCGAAAAGACGAGGGAUGACGAAUCGUCGAGGGCCUCGCCGAAGGUUCCUCAAAAUCAGCAGAAUGGGGCAGCGCUGCCGGAGGAGACUGCAGCAGCUCCGGCUACUAUCGAGUGUCUUCGGUCCGCGUCGAUAAAGAAGGAACCUCUCUGCGAUUCGGAACCGGAAGCGGCGAGCAAGAGCCUGUCGGCGGAAGCAGCGCAGCAGAAACCCGUAACAUCGCGUUCCACUAAAUCGGCAACGGAGGGCAGCAGGAAACGAAAGUCAACGGAUGGACAGUUGUCUUCAAAUGGAAAUUCUACGCCGAAGAAAUUUUGUAUGGAGCAGAGGGAACAGUAUAUCUCGUCUCUCGUCGGCUGUGAGAAAGUUACCGCGGAGGAACUUGCUGCGAGGGCUGACCAACUUCGUGCCGAAGUUCAGGCCCUAGACGAGUUAGCACGUGCCAAAGAAAUGGAAUGGAACGAGAUCUUGAGCAUGAGAAAGCUGAAGGAGGAAGCGUACCUGAGAAUCGAGAGAAGGAGGCAAGUUAUGGGAUUCAUGGAGGGCAACGGACAGCUAGCGGACACAUUGCCACCAGCAAGUUUGGCGCUGGGCCCUGAAUGGGAAAGCAGCGGUAACACCACUCCCGUAUCCAAAGAAAAACUGAGCUUUGGCUCGAAGGAAGAUCUGCCUGAAGAAAGUUCUCAGGAUUCACCGGCGUUUAAAAAGGAAAAGGGCACGAAACAGGGCUCGCAACGUCAAUCGACGCCACCCAAACAAGGUGGAGAGAAUGGGCGAAAACAGACUGAAGCGCUUAGCCCAGAGAAUAGACAAAUUGGCGAAGGCCGUCAAGGUGCCAUUGUCGAUGUUAGGUCUAUUAUUGCUGAUUACAGACUGAGGCAUCCUGAAACGGUACCACGGAGGGGUCGAAGAAUGAGAAAUUCGGUAAAUGUUGGCCUUGGAGCUGGUGGAGCUAUGGUUGAAACAGGGCACAAUGUUGAUUCAAGGCCAUCUAGCACAGACUCUUGUAAAAGCAACUCAAAUACAGUUGAUCCUAAUAAUUCCAUGAGCUUUAAGGACGUGCUUGUGCAGUUUGCUAAAUUAAGCCAACAACAAGGUGAACCUGUAAAAACGCCUCAAAAUUAUCCGGAUGUGACGCUUCAUCCUGUUGCACCAUCUCCGGCACCACAAAAUACCCCACCUCAACAGAGUGGUUCGUUGCUUCAUGGAAUUCUCACGAAAUCACAAUCUCCAAGACCUACUACUUUUUCACCUACUUUAGCUAGAUUACUCACCGCACCUGAAAGAGAAAGGAAUGCACCAACAGCCGCGUCCAUGCCACAGCAAAGUGCGGCAACCCAGCACCUUUUGCAGACAUAUCAAGGCUCUAAUCCGGUUUCUAUCAGUGACCUCCUAUCUUCUUCCAAGGCUCGAACUGAAAUAACGAUAACACCAGUCAUCAACACUCCGGUUCAAUCUCAUGUUGAUGAUGUUGAAGAAGAAUCAGCAGUAAUUGAAGAUAGAGAAACUCGUAUUUCUUCAGGCGGUAGGGAUGCUAGAGAGGAUAGAGACAGUCCGCCACGAUGCCAAGGAUGUCACGAACGUGUAGCUCAGUUCGUAUGUGCUGGCUGUGGUCAUCAGUGGUACUGUAGUCGCGAAUGCCAAGUUGCUGCGUGGGACGAACACUCAGAAGUGUGUUCUGGUUAAGGGACGAGCACGUAUUAAUCUAAACCUCGUACUCGUUGUAUCAAGUUACAUACCCUUUCAACUGAGAAUGAAUCUAGUCAAAAAAGAACGGCCAAGAAUAUAACGCGUUUUGAGUACGAUAAGAGGAAAGGUGGAACAUUAAGAGAGCAGUGUAUAUUUUUAAGGACUUUCAAAUAUGUUUAAUCUGUAAAAAAUAAGUUUUGUUUCAUAAAAAAGAGAAUCGCAAAGAUAACGGCGUUUCUUGUAAGAGAUGAGUAUUUACGAUGAGAGUGAAAAUAUGAAACUCCGGGUAUUUCGACAAGAUUAGGAUUCAAGUUGAAACGAUCGUUGCUUCACUGUAAUCACCGCGUUGCUUUUAUUCGUUAUCAGUACUGAACGAUCGUGAGUCUUCAUUGAGACAAAUAGAGAGUAUUAACCCUGCUGAAAUUAAGCAUUUAACGUGUAUCUUCCAAAGGACAAACUGUUUGUGAGAUUCCUAAUGUAAUAGGAAUUCUUGAUGGA